CAGGAGCCUUGGCCGCUGGGGCUGCGGGAUGCUCUCGCUGUACGAGGAGCAGAACAGAGCGUACCCGGAUCGCGCACACGCUAGCCGCGGACCCUUCGGAACGGAGUAAGCUUGCCUGCCCCGCCAAGUCCCAUCUUCACCAUGGCUGCUGGAGAGAAGAUCAAAGCCAAAAUCAAGAAGAAUCUGCCCGUCAGGGGACCUCAGGCACCUACCAUCAAAGAGCUGAUGCAGUGGUACUGUCUGAACACCAACACCCACGGCUGCCGCCGCAUCGUGGUGUCCCGUGGCCGCCUCCGGCGCCUGCUCUGGAUUCUGUUCACGCUCACAGCCGUGGCCCUCAUUUUCUGGCAGUGUGCCCUCCUCAUCUCAUCCUUCUACACCGUCUCUGUCUCCAUCAAAGUCCACUUCCAGAAGCUGGAUUUUCCUGCUGUCACCAUCUGCAACAUCAAUCCUUACAGGUACAGUGCCGUGCGGGACCUUCUAGCCGAUUUGGAAAAGGAGACCAGAGGGACCCUGAAGACCCUGUAUGGCUUUUCAGAGAUUACAUCUCGGAAACGCCGAGAGGCAGAGUCCUGGAGUUCGGCCAGGGAGGGCACAGGGUCGAAAUUCCUCAACCUGAUCCCGCUGCUGGCUUUCGAUAAGGGUGAGACAAGCAAGGCAAGGGACUUCCGCACAGGACGGAAGCGGAAAGUCAGUGGCAGAAUCAUUCACAAGGCAUCAGACGUCAUGCAUGUCCAUGAGUCCAAGGAGGUGGUGGGAUUCCAGCUGUGUUCAAAUGACACAUCCAGCUGUGCAGUCUACACCUUCAGCUCGGGGGUUAAUGCCAUCCGGGAGUGGUACAAGCUGCACUACAUGAACAUCAUGGCACAGGUGUCUCCGGAGAAGAAAAUCAACAUGAGCUACUCUGCUGAGGAGCUGCUGGUCACCUGCUUCUUUGAUGGGGAGUCCUGUGAUGCCAGGAACUUCACACGUUUCCACCAUCCAAUGUAUGGGAAUUGCUACACAUUCAACAAUGGACAAAAUGAGACUAUCCUCAGCACCUCCAUGGGAGGCAGUGAAUAUGGGCUGCAGGUCAUCUUGUACAUAAACGAAGAGGAGUACAACCCCUUCCUGGUGUCCUCCACUGGAGCUAAGGUGAUUGUCCAUCGGCAGGAUGAGUACCCCUUCAUCGAGGAUGUGGGAACAGAGAUUGAGACGGCCAUGGCCACCUCCAUAGGGAUGCACCUGACGGAGUCCUUCAAGCUGAGUGAACCCUACAGCAAGUGCACGGAGGACUGGAGUGACGUGCUGAUCACGAACAUCUAUAAUGCUACGUAUUCCCUCCAGAUCUGCCUUCACUCGUGCUUCCAGGCAAAGAUGGUGGAGAAAUGUGGGUGUGCCCAGUUCAGCCAGCCUCUACCUCGGGGAGCCAACUACUGCAACUACCAGCAGCACCCCAACUGGAUGUACUGCUACUACGAACUGCACCAGGACUUUGUCCGGGAAGAGCUGGGCUGCCAGGCACUGUGUAAGGAAGCCUGCAGCUUUAAGGAGUGGACACUGACCACCAGUCUAGCGCAGUGGCCAUCUGAGGUUUCCGAGAAAUGGUUGCUGUCCGUUCUCACUUGGGACCAAGGCCAAAUAAAGAAAAAACUCAACAAGACAGACUUGGCCAAACUCUUGAUAUUCUACAAAGACCUGAACCAGAGAUCCAUCGUGGAGAGCCCUGCCAACAGCAUCGAGAUGCUUCUGUCCAACAUCGGUGGCCAGCUGGGCCUGUGGAUGAGCUGCUCCGUCGUCUGCGUCAUUGAGAUCGUCGAGGUCUUCCUCGUCGACUCCCUCUCCAUCGUCGCACGCCACCAGUGGCGCAAAGCCAAGGAGUGGUGGGCCCGGAGACAGGCACCCCCCUGGCCCGAGGCUCCCCCCAGCCCUCAGGGCCGGGACAACCUGGGCCUCGAUAUAGACGAUGACCUGCCCACUUUCACCUCUGCCUUGUGCCUGCCUCCAGCCCCAGCAGCCCAGGUGCCGGGCACGCCGCCCCCCAGAUACAACACCUUGCGCUUGGAGAGGGACUUCCCCAGCCAGCUCGCGGACACUGAGGUGCCAGCUGAGUCCUGAGGCAGGCUGGGGAAGAAAGACCGAGCCAGGACCGCCAGCCAUGGUCUGAAAGCUUAGACCCUGUCUCCUGCACACGGAGGGGAUCCUCUGCACCCCCUCUGGGCUUUUCAGAGACGUUGACUACAGGUCUCCUUUGAACAAGGAGGGACCUGGGCAUGUGCAGGGGACUGUUGGACCCCACCCAGCAAUGCUCCCAGCCGCCCAGGAUGAGAUAGUUCCUGCAGCCCAAACCCUUAGGACAUCUGCUACCGAGACAGAUGGGGCCCAGGAAACGCGGCCGGCCUGGACAAAGGCCAGGAGUGAAGCCUGACCGAGUUCUCCGCCAGAUCUUCAGAGAGAAAGACUCCUCCAAAGCCCCGAGCUGGGGGUUUCAGCCACUCCCCCAGCCUGGGCUGGGACCCAAGGAUGUGACCUUAGGUGUUGAGGCCUGACAAUCACUGCCUGGUGCCAAAGAUAGGAAGGAGGAAGCUCCAGGCCCAGAGCCGUUCUCGAAUAAACUGCUUAGUCACUGACAUGGGGGCGAGGUCUGCUCUGUGCCCUCAGGCAGGAGCUGGCCCAGAGUGCUUGGAGCGUGUAGAGGGGAAGGGUGUACUGGAGGGAAGCCUGGGGGGUGUGACAGGAGGUCCUCACUCCAGGGGGGGCGUGGGACAUAUUCUGGGCAGCCAAGCCAGUGCUCUGGGCCCUUUCCCCGAGCAGAGAAGGGCCAGGUAAAGGACACUGUUGGACACUACUGUCCAGUGGUAGCCCGAGGCAUAAGGGAUUAUCUCCUGAUGACCCUCCUCAGCUACUCCUCCUCCAGGGCAGACCCCGUACCCCCACCAGUGGCCUGCGCCUCACCGACAAGCCAGCCGCGGACAGCCGCCUCCUGACGUACUCAGGCCUUCCAGGGAGAUAAUAGCUAACAUGUGUUAAACGCAUAGUAGGUGCUCAAUAUCAACUCAGGAGCAGUGUUCUGGCUGCCGUCCUAAGCACUCACAGAGGUUGGCACAGGAGACUGCAAAUGACCACACACAGGCCAAAUCCUAUUUUUGCUUGUGACCUAAGAGUGAGUUGGAUGGUUUUUGGGGUUUUUUUAAAAAUAUUAUUAAAAAUAUCAAAAGAAGGACAGUUUGUGACCUGAAAAUUACAUGCAAUUCAAAUAUCAGUGUCCGUAAUAAAAUUUUAUUGGAACACUGUCAUGCCCAUUCGUUCACUCAUUGUCUAUGUCUGAGUUUGUGCUACCAUGGCUGGCAGAGGUGAGUAGCUGCAACAGAAACUCUACAGCCCCCCAAACCGAAAGUAUUUAUUCUCUGGCCCUUUACAGAAAAAAAUACCCGCCAAGCCCUGAACUAGCACAGUAAGUGGGUAUCCCACUGUAUGGAUGAGGAAACUGAGGCAUAGAAAUGUUGAGUUACUCGCUCAGGGUGACACAGCUGGGAAGUUGCAGAGCUGGGAUUCUAACCCAGGCGCUGUGACUCCAGACCACGCCCCCGACCCUGUGCACUUUAUCACCCCGACCCUGUGCACUUUAUCACUCCAUCACUUUGCCUCCAAUCAGUGUCUGUGCCUUUUACGUGUGAGGCUCACGUCAGUUCGCGUGGGAAGAGGGGUAGGCUCCCCAGCCGGUUGUAGGACAGAAGGAAGGCCCACAUCCGUGGGUGUGGAGAGGCCUGCAUUCAGGACUGCUUCCCGCUCAAGCAGAGGCAGACGUCUUGGUGAAAGAGCAGGGACUGGGGGACCCUGCCUGGUCCAACCCAACCUCAGACCUGUGGCUGCCAGAGCCAUCUCUGCCCCCUGCGGUGGUUCCUCUGGCCCUCACGGGUGGGGCGCUGCUAGGAGGCAUGGCAGCCAGCAGGGGGACGGUCACCGUGACCCCUGGCUCCCCUGAGGAGUGGGCUCAGGAACCAGGGCUGAUGCAGGCAAGCAUCAGGCUGCCAAAGGCAAGAGCCUGGCUCCGGUCCAUGCUGGGCUGGGGUGGCUGCAGCCGGUGCCGGCAGGGAACUUGCAAUGGAAGCCUGCCUGGGCAUUGCCCAGAGAGAGCUUCCUCCGCCUCCCCAAAGCAGGAGGGCUGGGGCCCAGGCCCUCAGAUGCAUGGAAUCGACCCGCCCCCGCAUGACAUCACAGGCAGGAACAUUUUCAGCGAGGCUCAGCUGUUGCUGGCUUUGUCAAAGCUGAGGCCAAUAGCAUCUGGAGGCAACGGUCGCCCAUAUCUUCCCCAGCAUACAGCGCACACCCCACGGCUCAGCCAUCUCCUUCCUGCCCAGCACCCAGCCUUGUGCACCUGUCAUGCCAAAUACUGCCCUC